AAGUAGGACCACAAGUAGGUCCCUUAGAUGACAACUGAUUUAUCAGAGGAGAAGUCUUUAGCAAGUAUUCCUUAGCCCACCAUGGACAUUUCUGAAAUAGCAGUCUCCAUCUGCUUUUCUUAACCCCACAAAAGAAGGUCAGAUUUCGCCUGGAUGGAUAUGUGCAAGAAGAAAGCACAAUAACACAGCAUCAAAGGAUUUAUCGUCUCAGCCUGUACUGCUCCCAGUCCUCUACUUUGUUGUCAAUUGUAAACUGGGAGUGAUAAAUGUGACAUCAAAAUGCAGUCUCACACUUCGGUUUCUGAACACCACCAACAAAAAAGAAUGGAGGAAGCCGAAUUGCUGAAAGAAAGAUUCCAGGCCAUAACAGACAAAAGAAAACUGCAAGAAGAAAUUACACAGAAACGUCUAAAAGUGGAAGAGGAAAAAAUGAAGCACCAACAUUUAAAGAAAAAGGUUUUGCGAGAAAAAUGGCUCUUGGAUGGCCUAAGUUCUAUGACUCCAAAAGAGCAAGAAGAAAUGCAAAAGCAGAAUCAGGAGGACCAACAACGGACUCAUGAGUUGGAACAAGACAUUUUCAGACUGGAGAAGGAAAUUGAGGCUCUGGAAAGACAGGAAAUGGAAGUCUCAGCUAAGGAAGAAGCGAUCUUAAAGAAACUGAAGUCUGUUGAGAAAACAACAGAAGACAUAAUAAAGUCUGUGAAGACUGAAAAAGCAGGAUUUGAAAAAGAGUCAGCAGACUAUAUCUAUGCCAGCAUACCUGACCUUCCCAAGCACUUCAGGCCUUCCGCACUGAGAAGUACAGCACAUGCUGCCACUGAUGAUGAAGAAAAGAGAAAAGCAUUGUUUGCCAUGGAAAUUAAAGUUGAAAAAGACAUGAAGACAGGAGAAAACACAGUGUUAUCAACAAUACCUCUUCCAUCAAAGGAGUUUAAAGAGACAGGAAUUAAAGUCUACGACGAUGGCAGGAAGUCAGUCUAUGCAGUGUCUUCAAAUGGCAGCACAACACAAAAUGGCAUGGAUGAACUUGCUCCUGUUGAAGUGGAGGACCUGCUACGGCAGGCAACUGAAAAAAAUUCCCAGUCUCCCACAGAGUAUCAUGAGCCUGUGUUUGCAAACAAAUUUUGCAGGCCAGUUACUCCUCAGAAAGACAAAUUAGUCCCUGGACCAAAAUGGGAAGACACUGACAGAAGAGAGAUGAAUGGAUUCAGCAAUCAGACAGAAUUCUCCCCCAAAACAGAGCCCUUUAUGCAACAAAAUAAAGAGAAUGGGCUUGAUCUGCCAAAGGUAAUACAGUCAAAGUCUCCCUCUCCAGUAAUUUCCCAUUCAGAGAAGAAAGUGCACACUGAUACUGAGAACAGGAUGAUUAAUAAUGAAGAAAGAAAAGCUGGACAUGAGGAAUUAAAACCUUACCAGAACAUAAGAGAAAGACAUAAUGAGACAAGGCUUUUAAGUCCCCACCAUCUUAGUGAAACAUCCCCUGCACCUCAGGAGGAGGAAGAUGUUCGAUACAACAUUGUCCAAGCUGUGCCAUGUUAUGUGGACGAUUCUGAGCCAGUAACAAUGGUUUUCAUGGGUUAUCAGCGCAUUGAUGAUGACGAUGCAGAAGCAGACCAAAAGCUGUCACGAUAUGAUGGGGUUAUCCGUGCAGAAUUGGUUAUCAUUGAUGAUGAUGAUGAAGAUGACAGCAAAUCUGAGAAACCAGCAUAUCAUCCCAUAGGCCACUACAGUCAGGUUUAUCAGCCACCAGGCAGGAAAAUCACAGAAGCCCCACAGACAAACCCUGUGAGCAGUCUGGGCACAAGCCUGAACAAGGUACCCCACAAAAAUUCCAUCUCCCUACAAGAACAAGAGGAAUGCUUAAGCUCGCCAACACACCAUGCUCAUCUUCAUGGCCAGGUGUCUGGAGACGGUACAGAAGAUCCCUCACUAACAGCUCUGAGGAUGAGAAUGGCAAAGCUGGGGAAAAAAGUGAUUUAACAGCUGUAGUGACAUGGAAGUCAAAUUUAUUACUCAAAGCAGAAUAAAGCUAAGAAGACUUUCUUCCACAUGCUUUUUCUGGAUCAUAAUGCUUGUUUUGCCCUCUGUUUUAUGGGCUAUUUUGCCCUCUGCAUAAUCCAAUGGACUUUAACAGACUUUCAGAUUUGACCAACUGCCACAUACACACAAAUCACAUCCUAGCUUUUGUUAAAAGUAGUGGGAAGUUACCUAAGGCCAUAAAUGCAGCGUACAUAAAGCAUGAAGACAUGUGCAUACCUGUUCCCACAAUCAGGAAUAUGCUGUUGCUAUAUACACAGAGCAGAUAAACACCCACUGCCAUGGAACUUCAUGGGACAUUGCUUCACAUCAAGAUGUGCCGAUCUAUCCCAUUUUAACCAAAAAUGCCAUCCCAGCAUUUUCUUUUUAAAAGCACUGGUUAAUAAAAAGCUAAACAUGAAAGAGAAGAUCUGGAACAAAUGUAAAUAUAAAAACUGCUUUCCAAUCAUGCUACCUUGGCUGAAAUUUAAAGCAUUCCUUUUUAAGUGACAGCAGAACAAACCAAAAAUAGUUGUCAGCAUAUCUAAAUAUUUAGCCACCUUCUAGAGCUCCACAGUCCAUUCACCCUCCUAUGUUACAUACAACAGUGUAGCCAUCCUCAAACCUUGCUCCCUUCCCUGUGUCACAUAUGUGCUGCCCACUCACAACCCCAUAGAUCAAUCCUGUAUAUAGUACUACAAACAGCCUGACCUUCUGAGCAUAGUUUCACCUCCCAGCUUGCUCAGACAGUCCUGCUUUUCCAGGAAACUGGUCGCCAGACAGGCAGUGCCUGUUCAUCAAAACAAACAAACAAACAGAAACCACAAAAAAGAAAACCAACCAUAGUGUUUGGUAUUCAGGUUUCAGUUGGCCGGGGAGCUAAAAUUAAGCAAGCCUCCCAUCAAAAAUAUAGAGUUGCCAAUGGCUUGUCCUGCAGCCCCAACAGAAGGUCUGUUAUAGCUGCAGCCACUGCUGGGCACAGUUCUCCAGCAAGGUCCAAGGCUGCCACCAAGGAACAAGUUAAUUCUUUUCAUAAGGGAGGAGCUAAGGACCCUAGAAGCAGCCAUAAGGUACAAUCAUAACUAGAAAAAUCACAUCCAGGGCAGAUUUUUCCAGUACAUAGUUUUGGGAGGGGAAAAGUGCCUCAUAGCACACUACAUACAGCCUUAUAUUCAAAUCAGUACAAUAGCUUUAAUUUGCUAGGCCUUAGCCUGGUUUGAAACACUAAGCAGAUAAAGCUCAGGUUGUGUUAUUCUAUCAUAGCUGACUCAAGUUGUGCACCAGCAAAAAACCACUAACUUUUUCACUGGUCUUCUUUUCAAAGCAGGAAACUGAAGCUACUACCUCAUACUGAGGCAUGAUAGUAGUAAUUGGCUGACUUGUAGCCUCUAAACACUUGGUGGCUCCCAGUCUGCAGAUUGUAAUAAUCUCAAAUUUUAAGACUUGUCAGAAAUGGUUACCUGGAGAGUGAAAUAGUAAAUAAGAACAAAUAAAUUUAAUUGUAGUACACUUC